AGGGCGGAAAGAGACCGGCUCUGACCCGCUGGGGGGGUCGCCUGGGCAGAGGGAUCCCCCAAGAUGUUGUCCCCCAUUCGGCCGCGGUUCCGGUGUCUGAGAUCCUACUGGAUGGGCACCAAGGAUCCAGGAGGCCCUAAGUGGUCUCGGAGACCGCUCUGAGUUAACACGGCCCCUGCCCUGGGACCAGCCUGGAAUGGCCCGGCGGAGGACGCCGCAUAGGGUGACGGUUAGGCCGAGGCUGGUUCAAAGCCCGGAAGAUAAGGACGCAGAGCCAGGCCUUCCGCCUCCCUGCAGAUGUUUGCAGUUUUGUUUGGAGAAGCUGAACAUCCCAGAUAAACAAAAACUGGAGCUUGGAAGGGUUGCUUCAGAGACAUUCAUUUUCAUAGGCAGGUGGAGACAGAAUGGCUUCCCAUUUCAGCAAGAAUAUUUAAAAGAUGCUUCAAAGAAGACGAAAAGUGGUCUAAUGUUUAUAAGAUUGGCUAACCCAUGCUCAGGGGAAGGAGCCAUUUACUUGUUCAGUAUGUGUUUAAAGCAGCUGUUUGAAAUCAAAGUUUUCAAGGAAAAACACCAUUCCUGGUUUAUAAAUGAAUCAGUUCAAUCGGGAGGUCUCCUUCACUUUGCCACACCCAUGGACCCUCUGUUUCUGCUCCUGCACUACCUCAUAAAAGCUGGCAAAGAGGGAAAAUUUCAGCCCCUAGAUCAAGUUGUGAUGGAUGACAUAUUUCCAAAUUGCACCUUGUUGCUGAAACUUCCAGAACUUGAGAAGUCACUUCCUCAUGUGACAGAGGAAAAAGAAAUAGACAACAAGAAAUAUUACAAGUACAGCAAAGAGAAGACAUUAAAGUGGUUGGAAAAAAAGGUUAAUCAAACAGUGGCAGCGUUAAAAGCCAAUCAUGUCAAUGUCGGUGCCCGGGUACAGUCAGCUGCAUAUUUUUCUGGUGACCAGAUUUCCAGUGACAAGGAAGAGGAUUAUAUUCGUUAUGCCCAUGGUUUGAUAUCUGAUUACAUCCCCAAAGAAUUAAGUGACAGCUUAUCUAAAUACUUAAAGCUUCCAGAAACUUCAACUCUAUUGCCAAACCCUCCAUCAAAGAGACUAAAGGUAUCAGAUGAGCCUGUAGAAGCAAAAGAAGACUACACUAAGUUUAACACUAAAGAUCUGAAGACUGACAAGCAGGACAUUCCAGACCCUUCUUGGAUUCUCCCUGCCCAAGCCCUGAAUCAGCUUUUUUCCCCCCAAGGAGCCCUGUUCCUUUUAUUGGAUAAUGAUGUUUAGAAACUACAUUUUAGGCAAUGGCAGCACAAAGACAGAAAAGGGGCAAGUGACACAGCUUCAUGCAAGAAUGAACUGCUUCCUGCAACUUCAGACACCCCCAAAGGGCUAAGACUUUUUUUCUGCACUUUCUAGAAAACCACCAAAUGCCAAAGGUGUAUUUUAAUGAACCAACGAGGAAUGCUUAUUUCUUUGAUCAGCAACGGGCAGUAGCGUUUAUUCCUGAGUGUGAAUCUGAGGCAUUCAGGCCACCAACCUCUGCCCCAGCCCAUCCCCUUAACCACGUGGAUCUUUCCACUACAGUGCUUCAGAUUUCAAAAUGUCAAGAAGAGGCAACUCAUUGUGAAAUUUGGGUCAUUUCUUGAGUCUGACUGGUUGGCUUUUCCUGCUUGGGUCAUAUUAGCAUGUGUAACUAUUACUGGAUUUGGGGUACUGGGGUCUCCUUGUAGAGGUGGUUUCCAGCUUCCUUCCAUUUUGAACAAUGAAUUAAGCAGAACAAGCAUACAUGGUAGCAAAGUUUCACAUUUAUUUGAAACAUUAAAAGAAAAGGGUAAGGGAGAAAUUGGCUCUACAGAGAGAGCUUGGGGCAAAUAAAAGAGAGUUAAAAAAUAAAUAAUGAAAUAAAGUAAAAGUAUACCCAAGGAGCACGGUGCAGGCUACCAUGAGGAAAGCCAUGGUAGUGUACUUUCAAUGGCAUCCUCUCCUUUUGUUUAUUCCACACAUUGCAGGAACCCAUGCUCAGUUUACAUGCUGGGUCCUGAGAAUUUUCUGUGCACUUACUCCCCAAGCCGGCUUUGCUAGGCCCUAUCGUCCUGAAUCAUAAGUAUACACACAGCGAUAUAAACACAAGAAUCCACAGUGAAAGCUGGACAACCAAAUUUCAACCUUCACUUUACUGAAAAUCUGACCCUUCCCUACUCCUCACCACUUUGGCAGCUUCUAAUCUGUAACAAUACCUAAAUGUGCAUUUUAUGAUCUCUUGGAGUUAUAAACAUGGCUUUGUUUUUAAAAGAUUGGUCCAGUAUGUGUGUAACUGUUACUUUUUAGAGUGAGGGCAUAAGAUAUGAGAGAAAAUUCGAAGUAGAUGCCAAAAAAAUAAUUUAGUGGGGAAUUCUGGUGCCUAGUAACUAUGUCACAGGAGGCAGGGGCCGGGGCUUUUGUGCAAACGUGUCCCGGGGUUUUGAGUAGACUCAUUCACUAGACAUUUAGGAGCAAUGGGGUAGCUGCUGAUUGGUGAUUUUCUGCAUUUAAAGGGCAUCCCCAACCUCUUCAUAAGAUCACUGCUUCUGAGUUUCUUACUCCAUCAGGUAAGUUGAACCUAGUUCUGGCAAGUAGUCUAAUUUUUUACACCCUCUUUCAUAUGUAGAAAUUUUUAACUUCACGGGAGUUUUAACAUUCCUGUGCUUCCACAGUGGAGAAAACAGUCUAAAAACUCCAACUCUACAAAGCCACCCAUUUUAGUAAGGAUCGAGUCUAACACAUGCUUCCCCACAUAGUAGUGGAGUUAAAAUCUGGCUUCUUCCAUCCUCUUCCUCUACAAUCCCAAGGACUGUCAUGAAGGUCCAUGCCAAAAACUGCCCAAAGCAAUUGCCAGUACCAGAGAGGUACUGCUAAGUAGGUUCUGUGCUCUUGAACGAAUUGAUAGCUUCUCAGGACAGGAGAGCCUGGUAGUGUAGUGGCUAUCAGAGCCGGGUGGACCUCUCCCUGUACCUCUCUUCUUGCACAGAGAUUUACACUGGGAGACCUCUGGGUGUGGGCUGGAGAGUUGGCCCGGGGGUCCCAGACAUCAAGGCUCCUCAGUGCAUGAAAAGCAUGUUGACACAGGUCUGUUUCAACCACCGGCUCUACUUAUCAACAUGGUUUUGGUCCUCUGCUUCUGUCUCUUCCUUCUCUCCCUCCUCCUGUCUCCACACACUCACCCCCGAGUCACUGGACAGUGGUUAUCCCUGAGUUGUAACUAGCAGCUCUGCUCUGCUACUUGUGUCCCACCUCAUAUUCCACUGGUCUCUGAGCUCGGAAGAACUAAUACUUCAAAUUCAACACACCUAAAAUUUUAAAAUUCUUUUUUUUUUUUUUUAUACAAGUCGUGAUACAUUUCCACAAAAAGAGAAAGCAACAGCGAUCUCCACUGUUCACCAGUUACCACACAGCCCCCGUGGAUAACUAUUCUUGGCCCUAAUUCAGAUCUUUUUCUUAGCUAUCCAGUUUCCAACAUCCAGCUUCUGCCCUUUUUCUGGCUAGCCGUCCUAUAGUGACAGUUUGUACACUUCACUUCAUUGACUUAUUUAGAAAUCACAUCCUACUGAGUCCUUCAGAUAUAAACCCUUGCACUCUCAAAUAAGCUCUUUCCUCUCCACGCCCACUUUCACCAAACAUAAGGCUGUUUCCCGGAUGCACUGCGAGUCCUCGCGAGGGCAGAGACCAUAUGGUUCUGUCUCAAAUAGAGACACACCCACAGUGCUGGGCGUGAGUGGAGUGUCCCACACUGGGAGCAUGAGUCACUGAUGGACAGACGAAGUGACACUCUCCUUCCCUCCUGAGUUGCCAAGGACUUACGCUCAGUGCUGGAGAAGAGGUGGGAAAUGGGGACUGCUGGUGAGAAUCAUAAAAAGGUGCACUUUCUUGAGGCCAAGUAAGAAAUACCAGAGGCUUAAAAUUGAUUGUGAAAUGCAUGUCCUGCAAACAUGUCCUAUUUUUAAAAGAUAGUUAAAAAUAUAUAAUGCAUUCCAGCAAAAUCCCAGGGAUUUUAUAGAAAUAAAAGCAUUAUUUUUUUGUAUUGGCAGUUUGGAAUAUAUGUUAUUUCUAAAAGGACUAAAGGGAAAUAAGCUUGGAGAGAUUGUCUGAAAUACAUAUGAGCUCUUACCACAUUUAUGUGUAAGUAAAGGGGAAAAGAUUCAAUGUUCUGUGAGAUUAAAUUAUUAAAUUUCUAAAUGAAAUAUAAAAGUUAUAGGCAGCUCAUGUGUCAAAAUUUCAGCCUACAUGUUUAUGUUUCUGUAUAGCAUCUUCUAUAAUCACAGCUAUGUACCCUUUCUUUGAAGUUAUAUAUAACUUAAAACUUUCCUUCAUGCAUGUAAAAUAUGUUGCCAUUCGUCUUCAGUUACAUUAAGUAAUAAAAUGAUGAGGGAAAAA